CUGCGGCGAACAGGGGAUAUGGCUGAAGACCAACGGGCGCCUUGUUAAAAAAACCUUUGGCAAAUUCUUCGUCUGUCAGCAAGUAUCCAUUUGCUCUGAUUAAACACCGGACCCAGCGGUCUGAUAGAAACACCCGCCGGAUAGAAGGGGGCUCAAUGGGGGCGUUUCGCUGCCCCUUUGGAUCGGGAUGAUCUCCAACUGCGGGUGUUCCGAGCAGCGCCCCUACUGCUCUCUGUCCGUAGACCCGGCCGUUCAGAACAACAAGGGGGUGAUCUGUGGCGUGGAACUGUUGGGUGGCGACAGUAGGAUGAGCUACCCACAAAACCCCGAAGUCUGCGAGGACUGACGCACACUGCUACAAAUACAGCAGUCGAUGCAGUCUUCCAGAGGCUCUUCCUCCCCGUGGCUGAGAAACCAGCAGCAGCAGCAGCAGCAGCAGCAUGUCCCGCGUCUCCUCCACCCCCAAGCGCUAUACUGGCUCCUCCUACACCAGCCACUAUAGCUCCUACGGUUCCUCCCUGACCCCAGGCCUUAGCUCCUACGGCGAGCGGGACCGGCUCUCCACCUACAAGUCCCCCAUCUCCACCUCCUCCUCCUCAGGUUACUCCUCCAGCUACCUGAGCACCUCCACCAUCCGCGGCCGCAACUACAGCGCCUCCUCGGACCCAGACAGAGACAGGGGUCGAACCAUCCCACGCACCGACAUCCUCGGGAGUAGCAGCAGCAGCAGCAGCAGCAGCAGCAGCAGCCGACGGAGCGAGAGCCUCAGCAGAACCCCCGUCAAGAGCUACCGAGCGUCAGGGCUGAGCGGGGGCUCCGCCUACUCCGGCUACAGCUCCUACUCUUCGUCCCCGGCCCAGUCCAGCUACCUCGCUUCUUCACCGGCGGCCUCCGGCAUCUCACUCAACAGGAGAAAAUCAGUUUCCCAGAGUGACCUGAGCAGGGACUUGUCCUCGCUAAGCCUCAGCGAUGCCUCCUCCUCCACCCCGUCCUCCUCCACCAGUGCCCUGCGGAGCUACCGCAGUCGAACUAGAGACAUGGCCGAGUCGUACGACGUAGGCUCCAGACCGGGCUGCUCCAGCCUGCUAAGGAGCUCCACUCAGGAGGCCCUGUCACGGAGCUCCACCCAGGAGGCCUUCAGUAGCAGCAGCAGCAGCAGCAAAGCAUUCAGCUCCUCCGUAUGGGAACCAAGCAGCAACGGGCUGUCUGACACCCUGAGCAGGAGCUCCACAAACUCAAAGAGUGCCCAAGGCCUGGUGGGACUGAAGAACCUAGGAAAUACUUGUUUCAUGAACAGUAUCCUGCAGUGUCUGAGCAACACACAGAGCCUGCGUGACUACUGCCUGCACAACUCGCACCGCAGAGACCUUAACAACAACAGCCGCACCAACACAGCCCUCAUGGAAGAAUUCGCCAAGCUGAUCCAGACCAUGUGGACGUCGACCAGCAGCGAGGCGGUCAGCCCGUCUGAGUUCAAAACCCAGAUCCAGAGAUACGCUCCCAGAUUUGUGGGCUAUAACCAACAGGACGCUCAGGAGUUCCUGCGUUUCCUGCUGGACGGCCUGCAUAACGAGGUCAACAGGGUCACCGUGAGGCCGAGGGGCACCGUGGAUGACUUCGACCACCUGCCCGCCUUUUCCAAGUUCACCCUUCACAAGAACUAG